GAUAACGAAAAGUAAUGAUUUAGGCACAACCAUUCAUCUAUUUGGAUAAGACAACUACUCGACAUCUACAAAAUAACAGACUCCAUGACAAAUUACAUGACCAAAAUUAGCCCAUAUGGAAACUCUCAUAGGUCUUCAAAACACAUAUCUCUCCAUUACAAACUCAUUUCCAUUAAACCAAAAAAUCCCAAUUCAUUUUCAUAAAAACAUAAACAGCAGUACUCCAAACCUCCACCGAACCACAUGGAAAUUACAUGCCGAAGCAAAAGGCUUCGGCAAUGAAAAACUCGACGCUUCAAAAAGAAAUAGUAACAAAAGGAAUAACAACAACAAUGACGAUAGCGACGAAAAAAUUCCUAAGGAAAUAUGGGAAAGAAUUAUAGGAAGGAUUCUGUUUUACGUAGGAGCACCGUUAAUCGGUGGUGUGAUUUUGCUGCAGGUUUUUGAUAUAGCAAAGCAGCAGAAAUUGGUGGACGUGCCAAUUUGGGUACCAUUUUUAACGACGUUUAUUACAUUUGGAGCUUCAGCACUUGGAGCUGCUUAUGGGACUUUGUCUGCUAGUUGGGAUCCUGAGAAACAGGGUUCGUUUCUUGGGUUAGAAGAAGCUCAGAAGAAUUGGGUUGAUAUGUGGGCUGAAGAUGGUGCUGAUGAUGAAGAAGAAAAUAGGUGGAUUUAAUUAAGAGAGGAAAAAAAUGUUGUUAUUCCUUAAUUGAAUAGGAUAAUAUAUUGAAGGCUUUUCUUUUCUUGCUGGUUGAUUGGAUCCGGUGCGGGGCUCAAUACACUAGGUGACCUAAAGCCAAAAUAUAAAAAGAGGCCUUAUAUUUAUGUAAUAAUAUUUUUAUAUAUUUUAUUAGAUGUUUAUUUUUAUA